GCGGAAGGCGAGCACCGGCGAGCACGGACGUCCCGGUUCUGGUUCUGGUUGAGAAGGUUUCCUGGACGAGCCGGGCUGAGUGUGGUUGGGUCAGCAGCUUGAACCCCAGUCCUCGCCCUUGAGGAGUUUGGCCGAGCCAUGGCGGACGGCCGCGGGGCGGAGCGGGAACCGGAGGAGCCGGAGGAGGAGCGGGGGCCGCCGGGGCCACGACCCGGGGAGCGGGGCGCUGCGGGCGGGGAAGAUGUCAUCGAUGAUCCCAUCUUGGAGACGGGAGCUGUUGUCCUCAGAGGGUUCGUGAUUGAGCGUAUAAACACGGAGGACCCAGGUUUGCAGGUCUCGUCUGAGGACCUGGGAGGAAGGUCGGAAGAACAGCAGGAUCCAAACAUCAAAGGAGUGGUGGAACAGAUGCUCAAGAUCGCGGAUGACUUGAACAGAAACGCCGAGCUCCAGCAACUGAUCAGCCAGGUUAGGAGUGAUUGUGCUCAGGACGUGUUCAUGACGGUGGCCAGGAGCAUCUUUGUGGACGGCAUCAACUGGGGUCGAGUGGUGGCGCUGUUCCACCUAGCCUCCAGACUCAUCUACAGGGCUCUGACCACCAACCACCUGGAGAACAUCCGGAUGGUCAUCAGCUGGGUUCUGCAGGUCAUCAGGGAGCGGCUUUCCCCCUGGAUCUUGCAGCAGGGCGGCUGGGAGGGGGUGAUCCAGAGCUUCUCCCGCUGGAGGACAGCAACCAUUGUAGCGUCAGUCGUUCUUGUAGCAGCCUUCGUCUACUACAGGAAGACGCGCUGAGACACCAGAGACCACCUCAACACCCGAGCUGCCGUCUCACAUCUCGAGCACACGCAGCCCAAUGACUAGACCCUCUUUGGGAAGUUAAUUACAGUAAUUCCUCAGCCUCUAUCUCGUUAACAAUCGGAGGUCAAGCGCUCCACUUUGAGGAGCUCCCCUCCUCUCUUCUCAGGUUUCCAAGAAUGGAAAAGUGAAACCAGCUUUACAUCCAUCUGCAUCCUCGUCUUCCUCCACCAGCGGUUCACCAGGGCCUCCCGGUUGUUGAGUAAAAGUGUUUAACAGUGACUGUCACCACGUUCCCUACGGACCUGAUCACCCCUGAACCAGAGCUGUGGCUCACUUCUGGAUGGGACGUCUGAUCUCAGCAACAACAGGACGUGGGAGGACCUAACAACGUGCCAAAAGGCUUCACCAGCAUCAUUUAUCUCUAGUCAAACUCUCAAAAUUCAGUAAAAUGAACCGACUUUGAUGUCAUUUAGCUUCAUUGAAGCUAAAGUGGCAGGAAUUUCCUCAAAUCCAGCCACAUUCGUCUUUCAGUUUACGUGGCUCACGGGCUUUUACAGCAUCACGUCACACGGUCACACAGCUUUUACAACCAAGCCGUGUUACUCAUUUCUUCUUUUUCUUCUCAGUCCUGGCCGAAGGCUGACGCUCCACACCAGCCCAGCAGGACAGAUAGCUGUGAGAAACUACUCCGUUGUGCUCAGAAUCGGAAGUUUUUUCAUUUUUAAUGGACUCAAUCUAUCUCAGGUUCAGACUGCUCAUCACUCACUGAUUCUUCACGCACACACAGUUGUUUACGACCACUACUGACACAUAAAGGCCAAACUUUUUAAAGGAACCUGUAGCAACACAUUAUAGAUAGCAUGUUGUGAGCAUGACGAGUUGCUUCAGCCUGGAACAGAAUUACAGCUCCAACAUGAAAUGUUUCAUACAGCUUCUUCUGAUCAUUAUUUGAUCUACUCCGAGCUGCAGCUUAUGACUUCCUAUUGGGUGAAAAGAGGUAAAUGUUUUAGUUUUUCUUUGCGUUGGAGAGCUCCAUAUAAUUCACCGGAGAGUCAAACGUCGUCAUUGUAGUAACCGUUUUCCCACUUUUAUUGAGCUGGAGUUGUUUUCCAGGCUGAGGUAUUUAAUUCCUGGUGUUGGUUUGUCCUGCUUUGAUGCAGUUGUGUUCUUGUGCCUGUAAGGAGCAGGUUCAUCAUCCAUGAUACAGUCCAACUAUUUAAAAAUAGCUGAUGACACUUCCCAUAAUUGUCCACAACUGCCUUCAAAAGCAUUUGGUUGUGUGAUACAUGAAGGAAAAUAUAGCAAAGGUGUACCCCCCCCCCCCCUUUAAAACCAUGUUUGAUCCUCCUUUGGGGUUAAGAAAGCACAUGGCAUGAAGCUAAAUCAGAAUUUUGUCCAAUUUUAUCCAAAGCUGCCUCUUUUACCUGCCCACCAAUGUCAUAUGUAUCUCUAACUCUGUAAACUGUAUUCCAGCUUUAAUUUUACACAAGUGAUUCUUGGCCACUUUAAAAAACGAAAGAAUGGUUAUAGAUUUCUUUAAAUAUGUCAUUUCUAGCUGUUUUUAUUUGUCUUCUAGUUUUAAAAAUACAAUAAAAAAUGUUAUUCUAAAGUAAACACAAGCAAAUACUUGACAAAGAAAAGAUGCUGAAUGGGUGUCCUGCAUUGUACAACCCUCAAUCAGGAAAUAUGAAAACUGAUGGGAACGAAAGGGACAGAUUCAUACAUUUACUGAGACUAUUAUUUGAUUGAAAGAUAAACCUAAAAUACUACAUGGUGUUUUUUAUAACUCUCUUCAGCAUCAUUUUUUUUAAAUACAUAUAAGGUCUAUAAAAGGGGGGUAUCUGGGAUGAACCAAUGCAAAGUUUCUCCACGGAUGAAACAGUAUUUCGUAUCCUUUAGUGGAAGAAAUGGACUUUGUGUUGUCAAAGUCCAGAGGUGAGUGGCUGCGACCGCAGAGGGAACACACUUCUCUGACGGGGAAGAAGCAGCAGCAUUUAAUGCAGAAAAGUGAGAUUUUAGAGCCACACAGAUAUUAAAGAUGAAAUCUUUUCCAGAAAUGUCCACAUGUUUUAUUUAGGACGAUGCAAAACCACGUUCCCUACACAUUGCUCAGUUUGAAGUCCUGUGGUGUCCUGUGAAUUUAAGGCUUAUUUUUAAGACCAAACGAUCAGACGCAACUUGAAACGUGUUGCGUUUAUAUGAUCGGUAAUGAAAUAAAAGCAAACGUGUGAAUUAUUUUAAUCUUCAUUGCCUUUACCAAAGCUUUUUCUAUAUGGGGUUGGGAAUAAAAAGGAAAUAAUGUAAAUAGUGCUGUGCGUAGCGCGUGUGAGGGUCAUCCAGGAGAUUGAUGGUGGAUUCAUGCUUGUCGUCGGGGGCUCGGCCCACCUGACGUACAUCUGUUAUCUGGUUCACUGUGAGCGUUUGCAUGUUUUGCAACCACGUUGACUGCACUUUGAAAGAGGGAUUACCCUAUUUUUUUUUUUAGCUGUUAUGUGGUGGGGUUUUAAAAAAAUAAAAUGUGAGCUAAUUUGUGUUUUGUCAGGAAUAAAUGAUUUGAUUGGGUGAAUAAAUACAACAUGUAUUAA